AUGCAUCGCGUUGUCAGAAGGUGUGUAUUCACCCGAUUGAGGUGGUCCCAAAAUGCCAUACAGUUCAGUCAGUUCAGGCAGUUCAGCUCCCUUCAUCUGAAUCAACAACCCCCUCUCGUAUCUCUCGUAUCUGCAAGGGCCGCUCAAAGUUGGAAUCCCGGCAAUCCGAUUGCUACCGGGCGAUUCGUCCGUCGCUAUUCUUAUCAGCUGCGCGAUGAUACGAUAUAUGCGCUAUCUACAGCUGAAGGCAAGGCUGGGAUCGCGGUGAUUCGAAUCUCGGGCCCCGCAUGCAGAUCUAUCUACCGCGGGCUCUGCCCAGGCAAACCGUUUUUAAAGCCUCGCUAUGCUACCAUCAGGACACUGUAUCAUCCGGGUUCGAACGAAUCAGAAAUUCUUGAUUCCGAGGCGUUGGUGCUUUUCUUUCCGAAUCCAAAAACGGUCACUGGCGAUGAUGUCCUGGAACUGCAUGUGCAUGGGGGCAGUGCAACCGUGAAAGCCGUUCUCUCCGCGAUUCCUAAAUGCGUCGCAGAAGGCCCAAUCCGUUACGCCGAGCCCGGUGAGUUUACCAAACGAGCCUUUCUCAAUGACCGGCUCGAUUUAGCCCAGGUCGAGGCUCUGAGCGAGACCCUCGCUGCGGAGACCGAGCAGCAGCGCCGCGCCGCAGUUCGUGGCAGCAGCGGCUCACUGGGUCGGACAUACGAAGACUGGCGCAAGAGUCUUCUGUAUGCUCGGGCCGAGAUGGAGGCUCUUAUCGACUUUUCCGAAGACCAGCAUUUCGACGAGUCACCCGCCUCCCUUGUCCGUAACGUGACAAAUCAGGUUAGGCAGAUCCUUCAGAGCAUACACGUCCACGAAGGAGCCAGCGAGCGAAGCGAACUUCUUCGGAACGGGAUCAAAAUAGCGCUUGUGGGUCCACCGAAUGUGGGCAAGAGCUCGUUUAUGAAUCAGAUCAUCGGUAGGGAGGCGUCCAUCGUAUCCGGUGAGUCUGGCACUACUCGGGACAUUAUCGAGGCCAACCUAGACAUACGAGGUUAUUUGUGCACGUUUGCGGAUACCGCCGGAUUCAGAAGCUCCGCUUCGGUAGAUCCAACAGGGUCGCAUGCUUCCGCAGAUGUUAUAGGAGCUGUUGAAGAAGAGGGAAUUCGCAGGGCAAGGGUCAAAGCCACGCAAUCUGAUGUCAUCAUCGUACUAACCUCUAUCGAGGCGGAUACUCUUGGGAAACCCCAGAUCCGCUUCGAUAUGGAGACGCUAAAACUCGCGGCAGGCAGUAAAGAACGACUAGUAAUUGUUAACAAGAGGGACGCUAUCCCUGACGACGACUUACGCGUCCUUAUUCGACGGUUCGGUGAGGAAGUGCUUGGCAGAGUCGACGGGCUUGAAGGGAUUCAGCCGAUAGCCAUUUCCUGCAAGGAGGCGAAAGAUCUAGGUUCUGACCAGAUCGAUCCAGGGGGUCUCCGAGGGGUCGUAGAUGCGUUGGUUACAUCGUUUACUACGAUGACAUCGCUCCCCGCCACUCUACAAGACCUCCAUGGCGUUACCGAACGUCAGCGACAGCUUCUCGUGAAAUGCAGAGGGCAUCUAGAGGAUUACCUUGAAACCGUAGGAUACACCGAACCGAAUGGGGGAAACGGCCCCCACGACCAAUUUGAGGGGAGCGAAGACGCUGAUAUCACGAUGGCGGCCGAGCAUCUUCGUUACGCUGCGAACGACUUGGGACGGAUCACGGGCCGCGGAGAUGUAGGGGAUGUGGAGGAGAUCCUAGGCGUCAUUUUCGAGAAGUAAGUGCCGGGCGUAUUACUACACGGAAGGAAUUGCAACUGAUAUCUUGAGACAGGUUCUGCGUAGGAAAGUGAUUUGAAUUCUCAAAGUAACAAAUAUACAGAUGAAGAAUAAUGAUAAUACCCUAUUUUGCGCCGCCCCAUGCUUUCCCCCUUCUUUAUUUCAUCAUGCAAAUGCGUCUGUCCUAAAAUCGUCAGAUGUCUAUCCCAAUUCCUUUCCUCAUGCUAUUGGUACAGGUGGUGUGUGUGCUUGCGCGUCUAUGGUUUUUCUAUGGUAUGAAUCUUUUAUGCGUGGUAUCGUCCAGUUCCGAAUAGUAUGAAAGUUGAUAUCAAAAUGCCGAAGACAAAAAAAAUUGAUGCUCUCUAAAUGCUGUUUCGUUUGUCGUUGGUGGUA